AUGGGUCGUGGAAGGAUACCCAUGGAUCUCAUUGAGAAAGAAAAGGCUCGGAAAACAACAUUUCAAAAGCGAAAGACCGGAUUAAUCAAGAAAGUUUAUGAGUUUUCCACCCUUUGUUCAGUUGAUGUUGGUGUAAUUAUCUUUGCCUCCAAGCGUCCAAAGGUGUAUGAUGUGGAAGAGUAUUUCAGUGAAAGAAUGAAAAGGAUUGAAGGUGAGAUUUCCAAAGUGCAGAAAGAGAAGAUCCAAAUCAUGUACCCAACCUGGGAUGACUCUUACAAUGUUCUUGAAGAGGAACAACUGAGGAUGUUUCUUAGUAUUUUGGACGCUAAGCUUAAUGCUUGUAACCAAAGGAUGAAUAUGUUGAAGCGAGAGUCAAAGGAAAAAACAAUAACAGACAAAGAUGAUCUACUUGUUCCCUCAGUAGCCCAACAUAGCCAUCACAAUUUUAUGCAGAACGUGUCUCAAACACAAAUUUUCCCUCUUAAUGAUAACAGUCAAGUUCCAUUUUAUCCAUGUCAUCCAAGCCAAAGUUCUCUUUCUUCUUUGUUUCAUUUUGGUCAAAAUUGUACGCAAUUGAUAGAAAAGAAUACAAUGGUGGAUUGGGGUCAUCAGGUUGCCCUGUUUGUUGUUUUACCAAUGGUAUUGUGCCGGAAGCCUGAUGCUCUUAUUACCGUGUUGCCUACAUUGAGGGAGAAUACAAAAGCCUCUAUAGGAGAUCUCUCAAUAGGUUUGUAUGCUUGGUCACGAAAUCUCCUACCCAUAGUGAUUGGCAAAAGUGGUAACCCCCAAUCCAGGGAUUUGGUUUUGCAGCUGAUGGAAAAAAUUUUGUCUACUCCAAAAGCCCGGCCUGUUCUAGUACAUAGUGCUGUGAGAAAAGGGGAACGAUUAAUUCCUCCUCCUGCAUUUGAAAUUUUGCUCCGGGUUACUUUCCCUCCAUCUUCAACUAGAGUAAAGGCUACUGAAAGAUUUGAGGCCAUAUAUGCCAUUCUGAAAGAGGUGGUCUUGGAGGUUCUUCUGGAAGUAAAGCAAUGA